AUGUCCCAUGAUGAUGCUGACUUAUUCUCCGUCUCCAGCUUCGUACGUGCCACAAUGGUCAACGGCAGUAUACAGCGCUUACGAAGCUAUCCAUCCACGACUGAGGAACCAUUUGACUUUACAAUCUGGGAGGCUGCCAGAGCUACCUCUGCUGCCCCAACUUUCUUCGCGCCAAUUAAGUUUCCGAAUGGGAUGGAUUUCCGCGAUAGUGGGUUUGGUGCGAACAAUCCGAUAUUUGAGCUCAUCAACGAGAUCCGGAAAGAAUUCCCCACUAAAGACAUAUCUACAAUUGUGAGCUUAGGAACAGGUGUAUCGUCAUCCAUGAAACUUGGCCGUGGAUUAGUUUCGGUUGCAGAAGCAUACUCUAAGAUAGCAAUGAAUACGAAGAAAACGGCAGAGUCUUUUGAAGCGCAGUAUUCCCAUCAACAGGGUAUAUAUCGCCAUAAAUACUUCCAUUUCAAUCCUACCAAUGGUCUCCAGGGAGUGGGCUUGGAUGAGUAG